AGAAUUUCUGCUGAUUGAAAACUCUCCCGGGCCGCGGUAGCCCAAAUAGCCCAUCCACGGGGCGAUUGUACAGUUAUAAUCUUUGACAGUAUGGUUAGAGUUUUACCUAGACGGUGAACGAAUCUGUUUGGAUUGGAGGAAGUGUCUGGCUAAUUUCCAAAUCAGAGCAGCUCUGUUAAGACCCGUAAGGUACUAAUUUAGAAUUGCUAUUUCGACAAUAUGGUCAUUCGUGCGGGCCCAAGUUCGGAAAUCAGUUCUCUGGAGCAUACCGGGAAAGAUGAUCAACAUGCAUCCAGUGGCGUCCGUCCGUCCACGGUUCAGGCGGACAGGGCAAAGAUAUGUAAAAACAGUGGUUAUAAGUUUGAUCUCCCGGAGAGCUUCAACUUCGCGGACGAGGAGGAGAAAACAUUAAACUUAUGGAAGAAAGGAAUGGUGUUUCAAGUAAGCAUGUACUUGUCGGCGCAACGGCCGAAGUACACGUUCUACGAUGGGCCACCAUUCGCCACCGGCCUGCCGCAUUACGGCCACCUCCUCACCGGCACCAUAAAGGACAUCGUGACCAGGUACGCGUAUCAAAGCGGCUACCACGUGGACCGCCGAUUUGGUUGGGACUGCCACGGUCUCCCUGUUGAGAACGAGAUAGACAAGAAGUUCGAAAUCAAGGGACCUGAAGACGUCGAGAAGAUGGGAAUCGAUAAGUACAAUCAGGAGUGCCGUAACAUCGUAAUGAGGUACGCCAAGGAAUGGGAGGAGAUCGUUGGCCGGAUGGGACGGUGGAUCGACUUCAAGAACGACUACAAAACCAUGUACCCGUGGUACAUGGAGUCCAUCUGGUGGAUAUUCCAACAGCUGUACAACAAGGGUCUCAUCUAUGAAGGUACCAAGGUGAUGCCGUAUUCCACCGGGUGUAACACGCCGCUGUCUAACUUCGAAGCAGGUCAGAAUUACAAGGAUGUAGUCGACCCAUCGGUCAUCGUGGCUUUCCCUCUGCUGGACGAACCUGGGGUGUCUCUGCUGGCCUGGACUACCACUCCUUGGACGCUACCUAGUAACCUGGCGCUGUGCGUCAAUCCCAACUUCGAAUAUGUAGAGGCGAAGAAUGAGGAGAGCGGUGAAAUUUAUAUCAUGUUGGAGGCUCAGUUGCACAUCCUGAAGGGUUCUUACAUUAUAGUAAACAGAAGAAGGGGAGUAGAUCUGAAAGGAAAGGCAUACGAACCCCCAUUUCCAUAUUUUUCGAAUCUUAAAAAGAAUGGUGCUUUCAAAGUACUGAACGAUACUUACGUUACAGCGGAUACUGGAACUGGCGUCGUCCACCAAGCUCCGUACUUCGGAGAGGACGAUUUUAGAUGUUGCCUGGCUGCCGGCAUCAUAAGUAAAGAUCACGUGGUCGCGUGCCCCGUCGACAGUUGCGGUCGCUUCACGGAGCCGGUUCAUGAUUUCCUUGGUAAAUACGUCAAGGACGCAGACAAAGAAAUAAUCAAGUAUCUACAGUCUAAGAAGAAGCUGCUUGUUAGCAGUACAGUAAAGCAUAGCUAUCCGUUUUGCUGGAGAACCGACACGCCGCUUAUUUACAAAGCCGUUCCCUCUUGGUUUGUCAAGGUGGAAGAGAUUAAAAAUAGGCUGCUGGUCGCGAAUAAAGAGACCUACUGGGUACCGGAUUACAUAAAGGAGAAACGAUUCGGCAACUGGCUGCGCGACGCGCGCGACUGGAACAUCAGUAGGAAUCGCUACUGGGGCAAUCCCAUACCACUUUGGAUCUCCGAGGACAAAGAGGAGAUCGUGUGCGUGGGUAGCAUCGCGGAGCUGGAGAAGUUGACAGGCAAGAAAGUGACUGACAUCCAUCGCGAGAGCAUCGAUCACCUGACGAUACCGUCGAAACGCGCGGGAAAGCCACCGUUGCGACGCAUUCCACAGGUCUUCGACUGCUGGUUCGAGUCUGGCUCCAUGCCGUGCGCGCAGAGGCACUUUCCAUUCGAGAACAACGUGGACUUUAACAAGUGGUUUCCGGCGGACUUCAUCGGCGAGGGUAUCGACCAGACGCGCGGCUGGUUCUAUACGCUUUUGGUGAUAUCUACCGCGCUGUUCGGCAAGGCGCCGUAUAAAAAUCUCGUGGUCAACGGUCUGAUACUCGCAUCUGAUGGCCAAAAGAUGUCGAAACGUAAGAAAAAUUAUCCCGAUCCCAUGAAAGUGGUCAACGAUUAUGGGGCCGACGCCCUGCGCCUCUAUUUGAUCAAUUCACCAGUUGUGAGAGCUGAAAACCUAAAGUUCAAGGAGGAGGGCAUUCGGGACAUCGUCAAGGAUGUCAUCUUGCCAUGGUACAACGCGUUUCGUUUCCUCCUUCAGAACAUACAGCAAUACGAGAAAACGGAAGAUGUAUUUACAUUUGAUGAAAAGCUAGACUUUUGUUCUAGCAACAUAAUGGACAGAUGGAUCGUGUCUUUCACGCAAUCGCUGUUGGUCUUUGUGAAGAAAGAGAUGACGAAGUACAGACUGUACACUGUAGUACCUUACCUAAUAAAAUAUAUAGACAAUCUCACAAAUUGGUAUGUGAGAAUGAAUAGAAAACGUAUCAAAGGCGAGGACGGUCUGCAAGAUUGCAAGAAUGCAUUGACGACUUUGUUCCUGGCGAUUUACACAAUGGUGAAGACCUACGCGCCGUUUACGCCAUUUUUGACGGAAUUUAUGUUCCAACGAUUAGUCAAUUGGGUCCCGUCGGAGUUAGGAGACAAAUCUGAGAUAGGGCGUAAAUUUAGAAACGCAUACAAUAAGAGUAAUAAAAAUGUAAGUGAAGAAUUUGAAUGGCAAGAGAGUGUACAUUAUCAAAUGAUACCACAGCCGCGUGAUAAUCUUAUCGAUAAGAACAUUGAGAAAGCUGUGUCGCAUAUGCAGUCAGUCAUCCAACUAGGUCGCACCGCACGAGAGAGGAGAGUCAUCCCUACGAAGUAUCCCUUGCCAGAAAUUGUGGUGAUUCAUCAAGAUGACAAAGUAUUGGAGGACAUACUCUCGCUGAAGUCGUACAUACUCGGUGAGCUCAACGUCAAGAAGUUAACUGUUACUACCGACAAGAAGAAGUACGGAGUAACUUUGAGAGCAGAGCCGGAUCAUAAAAUACUUGGCGCUCGUUUGAAGGGUGAGUUCAAGCAGAUAAUUCAAGCCAUUAAAGACUUGUCCGAUGAACAGUUGCAGAAGUUUGUCGCCACGAAGGAGAUUGUCGUGCAGAACCACAAACUCGAGGGAGAAGAUCUACGUCUAAUGUUCAGUUUCACCGGUCCUGCCGCCGAGCAACUGUCGAAACAGUAUGAGGCCCAUGGCGAGGGAUAUCUACUGAUCCUUUUAGACGUCACUGCCGACGAAGCAAUGCAUAACGAAGGAAUAGCGCGAGAAAUAAUUAAUCGAGUACAGAAGCUGCGGAAGAAGGCAAAGCUUGUGCCUUCCGACGAAGCCAUCGUAUAUUACGAAAUCGAGGAUACUAGCAGCAACUUGGCCAAAGUGAUCGUUAGCCACAAGGAAUUUAUCGAAAACACGACUAAAACUCCGCAGAGAGACAUGGCGGAGUUAUCGUCUAGUACCGACUAUACUAUAAUUCAAGAGGAUACGCCGAACAUCAAAGGCGUGAACAUGAAGCUCACGUUGGUCAGGACAAAGGCCAAACAAGAGAACGCAACGUCGUCCAAAUCGCAACCUUCUGAAAACUACGUCAACGUGACGCUCAUAAAUAUGCAAUCACGAUACGGUACAUCUUCGAAGGGUAAAAUUCGAUUGUACGAUAAAAAACUGGGGCCCAUUACGUACAAACGUCUGAAACAAGAAAUCGAGUUGGUGUUUGGUAUUUACGGCUGUUCUUACGAUUUGUAUCUCAACUUUAAGAAACUUAUCAGAACGUUGGACGAUACACCAGUGGAACAAGACAUGUUCAAUGAGCAAACGUUAGAAGUAUGGCGGUCAAAUACUUUUGUAAAGCAACUUUAGUCGAUUUGCGAAAUUAACCAUGUAAGGUUUAAAAGAGAGCAAAAAUUAAAUUUCCCAAACUUCUAUUAUUCCAUCUUUUGUAAUAAUUUGUUUUUUUUUUUAAUUCCCAAAAAGAUGACAGUUUACAUUAUUGUAUUUGCAGGAUUAAUGGAAGAUAUAUAUAUAUAUAUAUAUAUAUAAAACUUUUUUUUCCUAUCAAUGAAAACAUUUACUAGGAAGCACAUUUGAAAAUAUAAUUUAAUUUAAUAUCUGAUAGUAUUUGCGUAACUUAAUAUGUUAUUAUGUGAUUUAAAAUAUAUUUUUCAUGAAUAUUUAUACGCAUUGGCUAUUUUGUAAAUUAAAAAAAUAAAAAGUUUAUAUAAUUGCAU